UACUGCAAAAUAGUGCGAAGGAGGGAAAAAGGGUGUUUUCCCAUUUCAAUAAUUUCGUGUGGGAUAAUUGAGCAGUAAUUAUUGCCUUGUAAUCCAUUAUUUACUAGGAAGAGCAGAGAUGCUCGUUAAUUAAGAUCUGCAGAUCUGCAUUUGUAGACGAGAUUGAAUCACAUCGUCGAUGUGUAUUGAGCUAUGACGUCAGUUGAGCUGCGUGACGGCGGCGGGAUUGAUCCCCGGCCGAGCAACUUGCAUUUGAAGAAGGAGCUGACGCAAAUCAGAAAGGCGGCGAGGGUGCUACGAGACCCCGGAACCUCCUCAUCAUGGCGGUCUCCGCCGCUUGGUUCUGCGAGAUCUCUCACCUACAAGAAUGGUAAUGCCGUUGCUUCUUCCUCUUCGCACAUUUUGCAGCCACGAUUGCUUGUAGGAAGUAGCGAUACCUAUAUUAAUAACAACAAUAAUAGUUAUAGUAAUGCUAGUGGUGGAGGCAUUUCGAGAGCGGAAGAGGGUAGGAGGAAGGUGUAUUUGUAUAACUGGAGAAAUCAGAAAUCUGAGAGUGAGAGGAGUAGGCAGAUUGAUGGUGAGAGUGGUAAGGAUGAGGGGUCCUCCUCUACUCGAGAAGGGAGUCUUGAGUCGGAUAGCUUGAAUGUUGGUGGGAAUGAUUCGAAAAGUGAUGGUUAUUUGAGUGAUAGGUACGGUUCUUUGAUGUCUAAAUGUAGAGAUUCUAACUUUACACCAUCUAUUAGGCGUACUAUUAAGAAGAAAACGAAGAGGAGUAAUUAUUCUAGUGCUAGUUCUAGACAUCAGAAGGAGGAGUUGCAAAUGAGGAUGAUUUUAAGUAGAUAUGCUGAGAAUGUAGCAGAAUGCUCCCCUGGUGCAAGAAUAAGGAGGGACGAUUUGGCAACUUUGGCAGAUCAGUUUGAUGAUAAUGGUGAUUAUUGUAAUUCCGAGGAUUUAGGUAGAGAUUCUGCAAUAUCACCUUUACUUGCUAGGAUCAAGAAUAAGCAUUGGUCUUAUUCACCCACAAAGUUGCUGAGGACGCAUAGGAAGGAGGAUGAUUCUGUUUCGUAUAGCACACCAGCAUUGUCAACAAGCUCUUAUAAUAGAUAUGCUAUUAGGAACCCAAGUACCGUUGAGUCGUGGGAUGCCACCACUGGGUCAUUGAAUGGUGCUGAUGAUGAGGUGGACCAGUUGGAUUUGCCUGGUCGUCAGGGCUGUGGAAUACCUUGUUACUGGUCUAGAAGGUCGACACCAAAGUCUAGAUAUGGGAGUUCUUGUUCUCCUUCUCUUUCUGAUGCUCUAAGAAGAAAAGGAAGCAUCUUGUUUUGUGGAAGUCAGACCUCGUCCCAUGGAAGACAUAAUCGCUUAUCUUUGGCUUCCAGCAAGAGGAGACUCAGCUCCAAGACAGGAGGUCAAGGCCUCGUUCCUCUCCUUGGCAAUGGUGCUGAUAGCCAUGGAAGAUUAUCCAUGAGAAGCGGGAAUAGUGAUGAUGAGCUCUCAACAAAUUUCGCGGAGCUUGAUUUAGAAGCCUUGAGCCGGUUGGAUGGUAGGAGGUGGUCUUCAAGUUGUAGAAGUCCGGAAGGGCUUGAGUUAGUAGCUUUGAAUGAGGAAGAGCAUGAAGAAGGUUCUCCUGAGAAUGUCAGAAGCCUGAGCCACAAAUAUAGGCCAAUGUUUUUUGACGAAAUAAUUGGCCAAAAUAUAGUUAUUCAGUCUCUUAUGAGUGCGGUUUCAAGAGGGAGGAUUGCUCCUGUUUAUCUAUUCCAAGGUGCUCGUGGAAUUGGAAAAACUUCUGCGGCUAGAAUCUUUGCUGCUGCUUUGAAUUGCAUUGCCACUGAAGAGAGUAAACCCUGUGGGAUCUGCAGGGAAUGUGCUGAUUUCCUGUCUGGAAAGAGCAGGUAUCUUGAAGAAGUUAAUGGCUCCAAUAAGAAGGGAAUCGACCAACUGAAAAAUCUGUUAAGAAAUAUAUUGGCAGUUCAUCCCUCGGCACUUCAACAUUACAAGAUUUUUGUCAUUGACCAAUGCCAUUUACUGCCCUCAAGAACAUGGCUGGCAUUUCUUCGACUUCUUGAUAAACCUUUGCCACACAUUGUUUUUGUCCUCAUUACAACUGAUAUUGAGAAUGUACCUCGCACCAUAUUGACUCGGUGUCAGAAGCACAUUUUCAACAAGAUUAGCAAUGGUGAUAUUGUUACUCGCCUAAAGAAGCUUUCAACUAAUGAGAAUUUAGAUGUUGAUCCAAAUGCACUGGAGUUGAUUGCUUCAAAUGCAGAUGGUUCACUACGAGAUGCAGAAACAAUGUUGGACCAGUUGAGUUUGUUUGGGAAACGAAUCACUAAGUCCCUGGUGAAUGAACUUAUGGGGGUUGUCUCUGAGGAUAAAUUACUGGAGCUUCUGGAGUUAGCAAUGUCAUCAAAUGCUACAGAGACAGUUAGAAGAGCAAGGGAAAUGAUGGAUUCGGGUGUUGAUCCAUUAGUACUAAUUUCUCAAUUGGUGACACUUAUUGUGGAUAUUAUUGCUGGGACUUAUUCGAAUGCUGAUGCAAAGCACAACUUUCCAUUCUUUGGUGGGAGAACUUUGACUGAAAGAGAAUUGGACAGACUGAAGCAUGCAUUAACGCUACUGUCUGAGGCAGAAAAGCAUCUCAGAGUAUCAACUGAGCGAUCAACCUGGUUCACGGCAACUCUAUUACAAUUAGGUUCUCUGUCUUCUCCUGAUCGAACUCAGUCUACCAGUAGUCGGCGACAGAGUUCAAAGGCAACUGACGAGGAGCACAUGAGUAUGUAUAGAGAAGCUACAGUCCCUAAGCAGAACUCAGAUGCACAAUUUGCACCUGAGAAAUCAGGUUCUCCAUCAUCAUUUAUGGUUGCUGCUCAGUGCAAUCCAAUGAGCAACGAAAAACCAGUCAGACUAAUUGACAAACCCAAUCAAGGCCAAUUCAGUAAUAGUGAUGAUCAGACUGACUCAAAUGGUGACUGUGCAACUGGUAAAAUGACAAUGACAUGCAUGGAUUCAAAGAUGUUGAAUAAUAUCUGGCUCCAGUGUAUUGAGAAGUGCCAUUCUAAGACAUUGAGGCUGCUACUUCAUUCUUAUGGAAAGCUUGUUGGUUUGUCUGAAACAAAAGGUGGUUUUAUUGCCCAUGUUGCAUUUGAUGAUAGUAAUAUCAAGACCCGAGCAGAAGGUUUUCUUAGCAGUAUCACCAAUGUAUUUGAAGUAGUUUUACGAAGCAAUGUGGAGGUUAAAAUAAGUGUAGUGCACAGAGCCAGACCCUCCGUUGCAGACGUAAGUACUUCAGAAGAUGGCAAGUCAGAUCUUCCCUUGCGGAGAAUUGAAUCCAUCAUCCACGAGCAAAGAUUGGAAACUGCAUGGCUGCAGGCAAUGGACAGAGGAGCCACUGGAUCAAGCCAUUCGAAACCAGAAAGGAAUCAAGUGCUGCCACAGGAUGGCAUUGAUCAUCCAAAUGAGUUGAAAUCAAAAGAUUCUCUGGAUAGGCCCGUGCAGCAAUGGGAAGAUGAGUUACAUCACGAGAUUAAAGUACUGAAAAUUAACGAUGGAAUGUCACAUCAGAAGGAUCAGACAGUUAAGAAGAUUGGUCAUUACCCCAUAUCUCCGAGCUUGCUGCAUAAUUCUACCUUCCCAGAUAAUAUGGGAUAUGAAUCUAGCACGGGUGCUGGUGGUUGCAGCGCCUUGUUCUGUUGGAAUAACCGCAAACCUCAAGGAAGGAGAAAGAGCACUCCUUCACGCCCGCCCAAAGGUGGGCGAUUUUCUUUAUUCGGAGAGUGUGCGAAAUCGAGAAGGCCAGAAAACAACAGAUCAAGUAGAUGAUGAUCAGUCAUUCCAUUGCCAUUGAUUUUGUAUUUAUAGAGGCUCAACUCAGUCUUUGAUUUUCAAAUAUGUCAAGAUCGGUAACGGAAAUGUAUGUUGUAAAGUUAAUUGUUGUGACUCAUCAUUUACUCAAUUCACCAAUGGUAUUAAUAAAAAUUACAGACGUUUUUGUUGUUGUGCUA